CCGCACCAGUCUUGCCCUGCGAAAAACGUGCGCCUGUCUCGUACGAACUCGCCAAAGCACAAUGCUACUUCUUCUGUUCAAUCAAUCAAUCAAUCAAUCAGUCAGUCGAUGCAUCGUUGGAUGCAUAUGCAUACAUAUGUAUGUAUCAAUCGCUGCGACCAUGCCAUUGGCAAUACACACAAGUCUCCGGCUGUUCUUGUCCUUCCAUAUAAAACUUUAUAUUGCUCUUCUCCCCCUUCUCUGCGCCUAAUCAUCGCGCCUGUCUACAUGUCUACAAACGCAAAAGCGGGACUUCUAGGGAUAUCAUAA